CCCAAGGAUCGUUUCGAAAGGGCUCCUCCCGUCGUCCUGCCAGCUGACUUCACCGUGGCCGCGUCCCUUGACGAAGAUAAGCUGGCCAAUCUCGUUCCGGCUACUCCGCUGAGGCAUGCAGUUGGUGUAGCGGCAUGCGAAGAGCCUUCUCGUAGACGGAGUGUACAGUUUGCUCCGACCGCCGAUCUGUACUGUCAGGAUGAUCGAGGGCAGUGGGAUCGCCAGGCUGUUGUUCUCGAACGCACCCUGUCUCCCAUUUUACCCUCGAGCCCGAUUUUGCCGGUCUACGAACGCGCCCUCUCCGUCAGUCUCGAAGAAUUCGAAAAGACCAUCGACAUCGCACUCACGUAA